AUGACCACCACGAUCAGGAAAAACAUGACUGUCCAGGGGCUCGGGCUUUCGUUUCUUCUUCCGCUUAUCGACAAUAUCAUGAACGCCUCCCUUCCUAACGUCACUAUGAUGGACUCCAUGCAGCACCGGCGGCCGAUGCAGUCCAGGGAAGUUCUUCACGACGGAAGGCUUCCCCGCAUCAGCAUGCCCAGAGUCGCGACCCCGAGGGGCACCAUCCGAGCGACCAUCUCCAGCAAAAAGGGCACCAGCAGGCACCUCGCCAUGAAAACCUGGACCACCACGUACCUCUCGGCAGCCCUCAACUCGGCCAGGAAGCACUUAACCGAGGAGAUCCGCACAAUCAGGUCGGCCUAG